CAGGGGGGUCCUGGAGGAGUGGACUUUAGGCUGAUUUAACUUCCCUGUGUCUGUACGCACACUGCUCUGUCUCAGCUGCACAUGCAACAAGAAGAAGAAGAAGAAGAAGAAGUGUGAACUGCACUCAUCUGAUUACAUAAUGACCCAAUAACACAGAGCAGCUGGGACCGGUACUGCCAGGACCACAGUGUACGUCUGCGGGGUCACCAACAUCAAGGCAUCCCAUCAAAAACUUCCAUGGUUUUUUUACUCUGAGUUUUUAUUUCUGAAGUAAAAUCAUGACUCCAGCACGAGAAGAUUUCCAAAGACAAACAAUGUGAUGUCAAAAGUAAAUGUCAACAAGUGCACGUCGCUCCAAACUGUACAUUUUCCCCCUUUUUUUUCUUCCUUUUGAAUCCUGAUAGUUGAUGAUUUCGACCUGUUUGCCUUUUUCACAUGGUUUUUGGACAGUGAUAUUCAGUAAAUCCUCCUGUUUUGAGGCUGUGGACAAAGUGAAGUGUUCAAAGUCAACACAAAGUCCAUCACAGCACCAGCUAUGACUUCAGCCACUCCCCCGUCCUCUGAAGGCUCCUCACCACAGAAAGUGUGCCAUUCCCAGACCCAGACCGACGUCACCAAGCCCCUGUUGGGUUCUCCUGGGAGCACCGGAGGUACAGGAAAUGCAGACACAGGAGCCGGAGGGGCCAGCGCUCUGCGAAGGAGGCGCCGCGUCCUCUCCAAAGAUGGACGAAGCAAUGUACGCAUUGAGCAUGUGAGCGGACGAGGGGCGUUGUACCUGCGCGACCUCUGGACCACUUUUCUGGACAUGCAGUGGCGUUACAAGUUCUUUCUGUUCUCUGCUACCUUUGCUGGGACCUGGUUCGUUUUUGGGGUGCUUUGGUACCUGGUAGCGAUGGUACAUGGAGAUCUGUUAGAGUUUGACCCCCCCUCCAAUCACACACCAUGUGUGAUGGAAGUGAAGACACUGACAGGAGCCUUCCUCUUCUCUCUUGAGUCUCAGACCACCAUUGGCUACGGUUUCCGGUGCAUCACUGAGGAGUGUCCUGUCGCCAUAGUACUGCUGAUCUUUCAGCUGGUGAUCACCAUGGUGAUGGAGAUCUUCAUCACUGGCACCUUCCUUGCAAAGGUCGCUCGUCCUAAGAAGAGAGGAGAGACAGUGAAGUUCAGUCAACAUGCUGUGGUGUCAAACCAUGAGGGGCGACCAUGUCUCAUGAUCAGAGUGGCCAACAUGCGUAAAAGCCUGCUGUUAGGAUGCCAGGUGACGGGGAAGCUGCUCCAGACGUCUCUGACUAAAGAGGGUGAGACGGUGCGCUUGGACCAGAGGAACGUCCCCUUCCAGGUGGAUACGUCCAGUGAUAGCCCCUUCCUCAUCAUCCCCCUGACCUUCUACCACAUCAUUGAUGAAAACAGCCCCCUCAGAGCCUGGGCGGCCAAAGGUGGCGGCUGGACCGACCCAGAUCUGGCUGAUUUUGAACUGCUGGUCAUCAUGAGCGCGACGGUGGAACCGACUUCCGCCACCUGCCAGGUUCGUACCUCCUACCUCCCGGAUGAGAUCCUCUGGGGCUACGAGUUCCCCCCUGUGGUUUCCCUGUCGCCCUCAGGGAAAUACGUGGCUGAUUUUGCCUACUUCGACAAAGUAGCCAAAACCAAAACCCCACCCCACUUCAAACAGGCCCUGCCGUCAAGUCCUUCCAUCCAGCCAUCCGACGGUCACACGGGGGGUGGGACAGACCCCGAGAAGAUGCAACUGGAGGAGAGCUACAGGGGUGAGGUGAAGGGGCGAGAGAAGGGGCGAGUCAAAGACAGCAGCCUGUUGAGUGUUCGUAUAAGUAAUGUGUGAACAGGAAGUAGUCACAUAAAGACUGUGCACCACAUUCUUCUAGGCCCAUAUCGGAACUGUGGACCACGUGGCAGGAAAUCAAACCACCAGCGACUACAGAGAUGCACUGCCAAUCUGCAACUGUACGACAAGUCUGUAAAUAUGCCUCCAGUAUCUAAAGGACUAACCUACAAACUUUUACUGGUGAAACUGGUUUUGGACAGGAGGGAUUUUACUGUAACUGGAAGCAUAUGUGUGUGUGUGUGUGUGUGUGUGUGUGCGCCACUAUUUUUUCAUGAAGUGAUGCGUUGACUUCCACAGUGGCACCGUCUUCCAACAGUUGUGCAGUCAGGUAAUGGAAAAUCAAGUGAGAAGUCAUGAGAAAUUUAAGUUUUACAGUUUCUCCUUUUUUUUUAGUCAAACCUGUGUCCAUGAGUCUGCUAAGCUGUACAAUCAGGCCAUAGAUAAGUGUACCAAAUAUUUGCUAUCCUACUUUUAAUUCUAAAUUGGAGAAUUUCUUCAUACAACAAACCGUAUGCAGCAACGUAGCAGGUUACC